GCGGCAUGUGCGGCGGCUGCGUGAAGACGAAGUACCCGGCUCGGGGUAACAUCUGCUUGGAGAAUGGGUCUUAUUUGCUGAACUAUCUGGGCUGCAUUGAAUGUAAAAAGAGGGAUUUUGUGAUGAUAAUUAACAGAACAUCAGAAGAAGAGGAUGGAGAAGAAAUUAUCACUUAUGAUCAUGUGUGUAAGACCUGUCACCAUGUGAUAGCCAGACAUGAAUAUUCUUUCAGUGUAGUGGAUGAUUACCAGGAGUAUACCAUGCUGUGCCUGCUCUGUGGCAAAGCAGAAGAUUCUAUCAGUGUCUUGCCUGAUGAUCCUCAUCUGAUGACUCCAUUGUUCUGAAGCUUUUUAAAA